AUGUCAACCGGAGGUUCACCCUCCAAAGCACUCGAUCCACCGAGUACCACUCCGAGGAAACGCCAGAGCUUGCAGCAUAUUAUGGAUAUAGACCAGCCGCGACCUGCCCGACGGAAGCUUGGUGUCCUAACUGAGAUUGAGAAUGACGGGUUGGGGAAGAGAGAGGAGAGGAGGAAGUCGGAUCUCGAGGUUGAUCGGGGAGGGAGAGGAUCGCCAACUAGUUUGGCCAGGUUCCGUGCCGGGCUAGAGAAUGAGAAGUGGGCCGAAGUCGGUCCGGAUGGGUUACAGGAUGGGCCCAGAAGGGAGGAAGGGGAGACGGCGGCGACGGGUAGGUCUAACGGUGGUUUUCAAGAUGACAAUGCUUAUUAUUUAAAUACAGUCCCUAAUCAGAACCCCCCAAAACCUUCUAUUUCCGAAUUAUUGCUGGCGCAUUCACGGCCGAAGCCGGGCAUGGGACCUUUGCCCAUGCCGCCGUUUUCGCUGCUUAGUCGACGGCAGGCGCAGCAGACAAGUGCGCCUGCUCCGGCUGCCGCCUCGGAGCCGGUGAUGCCGAAGCUUAAGGCGGAAUCUGGGCCAUCACCGCUACAACAAAUGCGCUUAUUGCGUGUACAAUUCGAAGCCACGGGACCUGCACUCCCACCUCCCCCCCCGCUACCCGCGCAUGCUUCCCGCCCAAGCGGUGUAUCGACUCACCCCCGCGCAACAAAACCCCCCUCUUCAGCAUUUGCCCAGAAAUACACCUUCACGCUACAUCACCUCCCGCAACUAACUCACCAUUCCAAAUCCGCGAUAAUCUCCGUUCACCCACCAACACACAUCCACCUCCAGCUCCGCAAUCUGCAAGAACUCCGUGGUGGUGGGCAGUACUCUUACACAAUACCAUCCAGCUCUCUACCUAUCACAGUCCGGAAUACAACGACGUCUAAUCAGCAGACUUUUGAGAUUGAAGACUUGCCACUCAAGCACCUUCAUGCUGUACGCUAUGCAGGACGUUUUGUCGACGCACUGAGAAAGCGCACGAUAGUCGCCAAGGUCGAAGUUCGCAGCGGCGGGGUCUGGAUGGGGAGAAUGUUUGGCGAUGGGAAAUUCGAGGUUAUUGACCCUGCAGGAAAAAUCGCUGGUGGGGUGGUAGGUAACAGGGUUAAAGGGCCAAGAAGAGUAGUGAAGAUGUAUGAAGCCUGCCAGAAAAUCCUCCAGGAUUCCGACGACCUCGGUCGUGGGGGGAAGAGCGACGACGAAGGGUUAGAGAUGGACGAAUUCCGCAUUGAUAAGAGAACGGAUUUUGUGAGGGGUGUGGGAUGGUGUCGCAGGAAUGAGGAUGGCAAGGGGUGGAGGAUGAUGUUUUUGGACGGUGUCAGGUUGGAGAUUGAAGGGGCUAGUGGGGAUGUACUAUGGUUUGAAGGUGAUCAGAGGAAGGUGCUCAAGAGGGGGAUGGAAGUGGGUAGUGUUAGGGAGAGGGUCAGGAUGUUCGUUGAGAAGGGAUUGUAGAGAUUGUGUCGGCUGUAGUACAAGCACGUUAAUUUAGUUACGAUACCAAUGUCCAUUUCGG